UCCCAUUAAAUUUUCCUCUUCAUUCAAUGCUCUUAAAUUAAAUCUCAUCUUCCAUUUCCAGUAAAAUUAGGUGUGUAAAUGUGUGUGCUUCCUUGUGUGUGCAUGAGAGAGAGAAUUGCAUCUUAAUUUGCUAGAGCCACUGGUUUUCUAGAGAGGGAAAGAGAGGUUUUGAGCUAGCUAGCUUUAAAAAAGUUCAACGACCUCUGAAAACAUUUAUGGCGCCUUUGCUGUGCUGUGUAGCUUAAUUUUUAGUGAGAGAAAAUACAGAGAGCAAUGUCAAGGACCAGUCUGUCCUCAAUAAAUUGCUCACCUAUAAAUCUCUCUCUAUAAUACUCAAUUUUGCACCUCCAUAUCUUCUGCUUCCUCUCUCUCUACUUCUUCUCUACUUCCUCAUCAAAUCACCACCUUAUAAUCUUCAUCUAUCAAUGUUAUUAUUCCUCUCUACCCAUUUUUUAAUUAGAUCCAUCAAACCUCAAAGUCCCCUCCUUUUCUCAAUCAAAUCCCUCAAACAUUUCAUAUCCAUCAAAAUCCCUACCUGGGUUUUUCUCCAAGACAAGUAAAAUAUGGAGAUUGCGACGGCGUUGCUGGUUUUAACAGCCAUCACGGCUUACCUCCUUUGGUUAACCUUCAUCUCACGGUCGCUGAAGGGUCCACGUGUCUGGGCGUUACUGGGUAGUCUCCCGGGGCUCAUUGAAAACUCGGACCGGUUGCACGACUGGAUCUACGACAACCUACGCGCCUGCGGCGGCACGUACCAAACCUGCAUCUGCGCCAUCCCCUUCCUCGCCAAAAAGCAAGGCCUCGUGACCGUCACGUGCGACCCGAAGAAUCUGGAGCACAUACUCAAGACCCGGUUCGACAACUACCCCAAGGGCCCCACCUGGCAAUCAGUGUUUCACGAGUUGUUGGGGGAGGGCAUCUUCAACUCGGAUGGCGACACGUGGCUGUUUCAGAGGAAGACGGCCGCACUUGAGUUCACCACCCGGACGCUGCGCCAAGCCAUGGCUCGGUGGGUCAGCCGAGCCAUCAAGCUCAGGUUCUGCCCGAUUCUCAAGUCGGCUGAGCUCCAAGCUAAACCGGUUGAUCUCCAAGACCUGUUACUUCGGCUCACUUUUGAUAACAUAUGUGGCUUGGCUUUCGGGAAGGAUCCGGAGACUUGUGCCCCGGGUUUUCCUGACAACGGCUUUGCCAUGGCCUUCGACCAAGCCACCGAAGCCUCGCUGCAGCGGUUUAUCCUGCCAGAGGUGUUGUGGAAGCUGAAAAAGUGGCUUGGGCUUGGAAUGGAAGUCACAUUGAGCCGAAGCCUUGUGCAUAUUGAGGAGUAUUUAUCCGAUGUGAUUGCAUCCCGUAAGCUCGAGUUGCUGAGUCAGCAAAAAGAUGGGAACCCACACGAUGAUAUGUUGUCAAGGUUCAUGAAGAAAAAAGAGAACUACUCGGACACUUUUCUCCAACAAGUGGCGCUCAAUUUCAUCCUAGCUGGACGUGACACAUCAUCAGCUGCGCUAAGCUGGUUCUUUUGGUUGAUCACUCUAAACCCAAUGAUUGAAGACAAAAUUCUGCGUGAAAUUUGCACCGUUCUGAUCGAGACACGUGGCGAUGAUAUGGCAAGUUGGUUGGACGAGCCGUUGGAAUUUGAGGAAAUUGACCGAUUGAUAUACCUCAAGGCAGCAUUGUGCGAGAGCCUUAGGUUGUACCCUUCCGUACCCGAGGACUCAAAGCAUGUGGUGUGCGACGACGUUUUGCCGGAUGGCACAUUUGUCCCCGCCGGAUCAUCGGUGACAUACUCCAUAUACGCAACGGGGCGGAUGAAAUCGACGUGGGGAGACGAUUGUCUAGAGUUUCUCCCGGAGAGGUGGCUAUCUCCCGAUGGUAAGAAGUUCAUAAUGCAUGACUCAAAUAAAUUUGUGGCCUUCAACGCCGGUCCAAGAAUAUGUCUGGGGAAGGACUUGGCUUACUUGCAAAUGAAGUCAGUAACCGCGUCGGUUUUGCUCCACCACCGUCUCACGGUGGCCGGGCACAAGGUGGAGCAAAAGAUGUCGUUAACGUUGUUCAUGAAAUAUGGACUCAUGGUGAAUGUGCACAAAAGGGAUCUGGGGGCAAUUUUAUCAAGCAUUAAAAAGGAGAUGACGACGGAGGGACAAUUGCAAGGGGAAGAGCAAGAGUGUGUGGCCGUUGAAUGUAACGGUGACAGUGGUGGUGGAGCGGUGGUCGGGGUGGCUUAAGAAGUUUAAUUUUUUGGGUGGUGUAUUUAUGGAGUGGUGGAACCUAUGAGAAAUGAAAGGGAUAGCUUUCCCUUGUAAGCAAAAAGCUUUGCAAAUUUUUAUUUCCAUUUAAUAUUCUUUAUGUCGAUCUUGUUUGUUCAGAUUUUAUAAAUUGCUUUUAUCAAAUUAUUAUUUUUACUCAA